CUCCUAGCGCAAGGGCUGGGUCGGUGAUCCCUUCCUUCCAGAACCGUUGCUCCUCGGCCCUGACUCUCCCUCUCCGCCUUGCAGGGACCGUAAGUGGCGACUAUGGGCAGACUGGGUUAUUGGACCUUGCUGGUGCUGCCGGCCCUUCUGGUCUGGCGCGGUCCGGCGCAGGGCACGGCGGCGGAGAAGGGUCCCCCGGCGCUGAACAUUGCGGUGCUGCUGGGUCACAGCCACGACGUGACGGAGCGCGAACUGCGAAACCUGUGGGGCCCUGAGCAGGCAACAGGGCUGCCCCUGGACGUGAACGUGGUAGCCCUGCUGAUGAACCGCACAGACCCCAAGAGCCUCAUCACGCAUGUGUGCGACCUCAUGUCUGGGGCGCGCAUCCAUGGCCUUGUGUUUGGGGACGACACCGACCAGGAGGCCGUGGCUCAGAUGCUGGAUUUUAUCUCUUCACAGACUUUCAUCCCCAUCCUGGGCAUCCACGGGGGCGCAUCUAUGAUCAUGGCUGACAAGGAUCCGACGUCAACCUUCUUCCAGUUUGGAGCGUCCAUCCAGCAACAAGCUACGGUCAUGUUGAAGAUCAUGCAGGAUUACGACUGGCAUGUCUUCUCGCUAGUGACCACCAUCUUCCCUGGUUACAGGGACUUCAUCAGCUUCAUCAAGACCACAGUGGACAACAGCUUUGUGGGCUGGGACAUGCAGAAUGUGAUCACCUUGGACACUUCCUUUGAGGACGCAAAGACGCAAGUCCAGUUGAAGAAGAUCCACUCUUCCGUCAUCUUGCUGUACUGUUCCAAAGAUGAGGCUGUCCUCAUCCUGAGUGAGGCUCGCUCCCUGGGCCUCACCGGAUAUGAUUUCUUCUGGAUUGUCCCCAGCUUGGUUUCUGGGAACACAGAACUCAUCCCUAAGGAGUUUCCAUCAGGACUCAUUUCAGUCUCCUACGAUGAUUGGGACUACAGCCUGGAGGCGAGAGUGAGGGAUGGCCUGGGCAUCCUAACCACUGCCGCAUAUUCCAUGUUGGAGAAGUUCUCCUACAUCCCUGAGGCCAAGGCCAGCUGCUACGGACAGACGGAGAAGCCAGAGACCCCACUGCACACUCUGCACCAAUUUAUGGUCAAUGUGACAUGGGAUGGCAAAGACUUGUCCUUCACUGAGGAAGGCUACCAGGUGCACCCCAGGCUGGUUGUGAUCGUGCUGAACAAGGACCGAGAAUGGGAAAAGGUGGGCAAGUGGGAGAACCAGAGCCUGAGCCUGAGGCAUGCCGUGUGGCCGAGGUACAAAUCCUUCUCAGACUGUGAGCCAGACGACAACCAUCUGAGCAUCGUCACCCUAGAGGAAGCCCCAUUUGUCAUCGUGGAAGACAUAGACCCGCUGACCGAGACAUGUGUGAGGAACACCGUGCCAUGUCGGAAGUUCGUCAAGAUCAACAAUUCAACCAAUGAGGGAAUGAACAUUAAAAAAUGCUGCAAAGGUUUCUGCAUCGAUAUCCUGAAGAAGCUUUCCCGCACCGUGAAGUUCACCUACGACCUUUAUCUGGUGACUAACGGGAAGCAUGGCAAGAAAGUCAACAACGUGUGGAACGGGAUGAUCGGCGAAGUGGUCUACCACCGGGCGGUCAUGGCCGUUGGCUCCCUCACCAUCAAUGAGGAGCGCUCUGAAGUGGUGGAUUUCUCUGUGCCCUUCGUGGAGACAGGGAUCAGUGUCAUGGUUUCAAGAAGCAAUGGCACUGUCUCACCUUCUGCUUUUCUAGAACCGUUCAGCGCCUCCGUCUGGGUGAUGAUGUUUGUGAUGCUGCUCAUUGUGUCCGCCAUCGCUGUUUUUGUCUUCGAGUACUUCAGUCCUGUUGGAUACAACAGAAACUUAGCCAAAGGGAAAGCACCCCACGGGCCUUCUUUUACGAUUGGAAAAGCUAUAUGGCUUCUCUGGGGCCUGGUGUUCAAUAACUCCGUGCCUGUCCAGAACCCCAAAGGGACCACCAGCAAGAUCAUGGUGUCCGUGUGGGCCUUCUUUGCCGUCAUAUUCCUGGCCAGCUACACAGCCAACCUAGCUGCUUUCAUGAUCCAGGAGGAAUUUGUGGACCAAGUGACCGGCCUCAGUGACAAAAAGUUUCAGAGACCUCACGACUAUUCCCCACCUUUCCGAUUUGGCACGGUGCCUAACGGCAGUACCGAGAGAAACAUUCGUAAUAACUACCCCUACAUGCAUCAGUACAUGACCAAAUUCAAUCAGAAGGGAGUGGAGGAUGCCUUGGUCAGCUUGAAAACAGGGAAACUGGACGCUUUCAUCUACGAUGCGGCAGUCUUGAAUUACAAGGCUGGGAGGGAUGAAGGCUGCAAGCUGGUGACCAUUGGGAGUGGGUACAUCUUUGCCACCACUGGUUAUGGGAUUGCCCUCCAGAAGGGCUCCCCGUGGAAGAGGCAGAUUGACCUGGCCCUGCUCCAGUUUGUGGGUGAUGGUGAGAUGGAGGAGCUGGAAACGCUGUGGCUCACGGGGAUCUGCCACAACGAGAAGAACGAGGUGAUGAGCAGCCAGCUGGACAUCGACAACAUGGCAGGCGUGUUCUACAUGCUGGCGGCCGCCAUGGCCCUCAGCCUCAUCACCUUCAUUUGGGAACACCUCUUCUACUGGAAGUUGCGCUUCUGUUUCACGGGCGUGUGCUCCGACCGGCCAGGGCUCCUCUUCUCCAUCAGCAGGGGUAUUUACAGCUGCAUUCAUGGAGUGCACAUCGAGGAGAAGAAGAAGUCUCCAGACUUCAACCUGACCGGAUCACAGAGCAACAUGUUGAAACUCCUUCGGUCAGCCAAAAACAUCUCCGACGUGUCCAACGUGAACUCCUCCAGAAUGGAUUCCCCCAAAAGGGCUGCUGAUUUCAUCCAAAGAGGUUCCCUCAUCAUGGACGUGGUUCCCGAGAAAGGGAAUUUGAUAUAUUCAGACAACAGAUCCUUUCAGGGGAAGGACAACAUGUUUGGGGACAACAUGAAUGAGCUGCAAACAUUCGUGGCCAACAGGCACAAGGACAAUCUCAAUAACUACGUGUUCCAGGGACAGCACCCUCUUACUCUCAACGAGUCCAACCCGAACACGGUGGAGGUGGCCGUGAGCACAGAGUCCAAGGCGAACUCCAGGCCCCGGCAGCUUUGGAAGAAAUCCAUGGAGUCACUCCGCCAGGAUUCACUGAGCCAGAACCCAGUCUCCCAGAGGGAUGAGGGUGCAGCAGAGAACAGGACCCACUCCCUAAAGAGUCCUCGGUACCUUCCGGAGGAGGUGGCCCACUCGGACAUUUCGGAAACUUCAAGUCGGGCCACAUGCCACAGGGAGCCCGACAACAGUAAGAACCACAAGACCAAGGACAACUUCAAAAGGUCGGCAGCCUCCAAAUACCCCAAGGACUGCAGCGAGGUCGAGCGCUCCUAUCUGAAAACCAAAGCGAGCUCCCCCAGGGACAAGAUCUACACCAUCGAUGGUGAGAAGGAGCCCAGUUUCCACUUAGACCCUCCCCAGUUUGUGGAGAACAUGGCCCUCCCCGAGAACGUGGACUUCCCAGACCCGUACCAGGACCCCAACGAAAACUUCCGCAAGGGGGACCCGGCGCUGCCCACGAACAGGAACCCCACGCACAAUGAAGACGUGCUCCCCAACAACGACAAACACAAAUUCUACUCCAAGCACUUCACCCUGAAGGACAAGAGCUCCCCUCACAGCGAGGGCAGCGACCGCUACCGGCAGAACUCCACGCACUGCCGGAGCUGCCUCUCCAACCUGCCCACCUACUCAGGCCACUUCACCGUGAGGUCCCCCUUCAAGUGCGAUGCCUGCCUGCGGAUGGGGAACCUCUACGACAUCGAUGAAGACCAGAUGCUUCAGGAGACCGGGAGCCCGGCCGCCCAGGAGGAGGUCUACCAGCAGGACUGGGCGCAGAACAACACCCUCCAGUUCCAGAAAAACAAGCUCAGGAUCAGCCGUCAGCAUUCCUAUGAUAACAUCGUUGACAAGCCCAGGGAGAUGGACCUUAGCCGGCCCUCCAGGAGCAUAAGCCUCAAGGACCGGGAACGGCUCCUGGAGGGCAAUCUGUAUGGGAGUCUCUUUAGUGUCCCCUCAAGCAAACUCUCGGGGAACAAGAGCUCCCUCUUCCCCCAGGGUCUGGAGGACAGGAAGCGGAGCAAGUCCCUUUUGCCAGACCACACCUCCGAUAACCCCUUCCUCCGUUGCUACGGGGACGACCGACGCUUAGUCAUCGGGAGAUGUCCCUCAGACCCUUACAAACACUCGCUGCCAUCCCCGGCCGUGAACGACAGCUACCUUCGGUCGUCCUUGAGGUCGACAGCAUCGUACUGCUCCAGAGACAGUAGAGGCCACAACGACGUGUAUAUUUCAGAGCAUGUUAUGCCUUAUGCUGCGAAUAAGAACAGUAUGUACUCUACCCCCAGGGUUUUAAAUUCCUGCAGCAAUAGACGUGUGUACAAGAAAAUGCCUAGUAUUGAAUCUGAUGUUUAAAACCUUCCAUUAAUGUUUUAUCUAUAGGGAAACAUACGUAACGGCCACUGUUCUGGAGGGUAAAUGUCGGAUGUCCGAUGGUGCCCUGCAAAGAGGAAGAGGAUUUAGGAAGGUAUUUUUUUUUUUUGUCAGUUCUUUUGCACAUGGCUCCAUGCCGUAGUCUUGCACUCAAGGAAUCUUGUGAGGUGUGUGCUGAGCAUGGCAGAUACCAGAUAGGUGAGUCCUUAACCAAAAACACAAACACAAGGGCAAGUCUCCUGGACAUGCCCGCUGGGUAUGUUGGCAAUAAGAAUGCGUUGGAUGCCCGUGGUGAUGUUAUGAUUUCCUAUAUUGCAAAUUCCAUUCAGACCAGUCCACCAUGUGAUUUCCUCAUCAGAAACGCCUAACGGUCUCUCUCAUUCCGAAUAAGCAAUAUGGUAUGCAUGUACACCUGACACAGAACAGUUAUGAAUGCGUCUGCGCUGUAGCGAGAUGGAUGUGCAAGAGAUUAGGAAGUUUGGCUCUGUAACCGUUUCAGCUUUACUGUUAUGCCUCCCAUCACUGCCCAGGCCCAACCCCAGAACUCCAGGCUCCCCCAAAGAAUAGCCAAUCCGUGUGCACAGUAACUAUGCUACUACCUUCAUUAUAGUCCAUUUCCAAGACACAUCUGGAAUAAAAGGCCAGAAGGGCCCUCAGGUGGAGAGCUACGAGGAUCUCUCUGGAUGUCGACUCGUGCGUUCCACAGACCACUCUCUCACCCUUGGCCCCGAUGGUCUCCUUCAGAGCUGCACAAACACAGAACGUGUCUCUGUUCUCUGAUCUCUGGAUCUCCUGUCUCUGACACAGCGGCUGUUGUAGUUUAUCCUGAAGACUCUCGUAUAUGUAAGUUUGUGUUUCCCCCCUUCUGGUGACGACUCAGGGUUGUAUAGUAUCUGUUACCCCUCCCUUCCCAGAGUGACCAUGGCCUGUUCGGUCCCCGAACAGCCAUGGUGGCAUCUAAUUAAGUGUGUGUUGCCGUUCCCCGGGUUAACGUGGUGGCAUGUGCCAGCAGCCAUAUGUGUACUAUGAUCUGUAGGAAGUAACAAUGCCAUCUGUCCGCUGAAGGCUAGCAUGCUUCUAGGUCUUUCUUCCUGAGCAUUGUGAGAUUUGGUUGGACACUCGUUUCCACCCCAACCUCCUCAGAUCAAAAGCCUUCAAAACAUGAGAGACACUCAUGCAUCCACCCUGAGCAUCCUCCAAAUUUUGGAUCACCUUUAGUGGCGAAAGUGAUUUCUCUCUUCUGAAACGUUUACUCCAUUGGAGCCAACCUGCUUCACUGACACCGACAGGGAUAUGUUAAAAAAAAAAAAUUCCUCAGAGCAUUUGUCAUUUCCAAGUCACCCCUAUUGUCCCAUUCUUACUUUACUCAGAUCUGUGCCUAUGUGAUCUGGAAUGAUACUCAUUCAGGAAGGAGGGGAGUCUUUAGCACGGGAAGCUCUUAGCACGGGCCUGGCACACACCAAGUGCCAAAAACAAAAAGGUAGUGGUUGUGUCACUACACACCAGACUAUUGUAGUUUAAAAAUUAAGUAUUGUAAAACCCACAAAUGGUAUUAGCUCAGCAUUUCCAUAUAGUUCUAAUUCAGUGUAUUUUAAAUUCAUGAAGGUCCCUGAGACAUCCAGGAUAACUAGCCAUCAGGUCUCGUAGUGUAGCUGAGUCCAUUGGGUGACACGCAGCCGAGGCUAACUAACCUGGUCAUCUCCUGGCUUCCUUCUGCAUUUUGCUCUAGGUUCCUGGAGUGGGCGGACAGAGUGGCAGGUUGAAACGUUACCCUGUUUCUCUUACUUAUAGCAUGUCCUAUUUUGUAGGGAGUGUGCUCUUGUGAGGGGGCAGGUGUUGGGAGUAAUUCUCUCAGAGCUCAGAUUCAUCAAAUGGCCCCAUCUUUGGGCAAGCGCACCCAGUAAUGGCGAGAAGUGGCUGCAGGACGUUGCAGGAUCAUUGGUGGGGAGGCAGAGGAGGCCAUGGGUGAGAAAGUCUUCUCGUCACCUUUGAGGUUGACAGGCAGAAGAGGCUGGCUAGACAUUGAUGACAAAUGGAUCCAACCCCUGCAUUUUCUUUCUUGGAUGUUGGCCCUUUCUUGGAUGUUGCCCCAAGACCCAACAACAGAGAAGCCCAGACUGAAGGGCCUUACCCCCAUAUCUACUCUUAGGCACGCUCCUGAUUAUUUUGUCUUUUAGAACAUCCUGCCUUUAUCCUCCCAUGGCUUUCCAGAUCUAUGUUCCCCACCACAGCCAGGAUCACCUCAUUUCCCCAGAAGACUGGCGUGUCAUGACAUGAAAUGAAUUUAAAAAUCUCCCCAGCACAUGGAACAGUGCUAUGUCAUAAAUCCAAAGAGACUUUCUCUCUUCCUCUCGUGUCUUUAAAGCCCAGGGGACCUGCCAAAAGACAGGGACCUCCAGGAGAAUGCAAAUUACAGUCAGAAGUGUUCUAUAGAUCAAAAGCCCUUCUUCUAAUAACAGCAUUAUUUCUGUUAAAACCAUGUUUUUACAUAGAAAAAGACCAAAAAUUAGGUUUUGGGAAGAACCGACAGUAAUGUGGUUCCUUUCAAACCCAACGUGUUUUGUUUUCUUUAAAUAAACACUGAGGAUUAGAAUGCUAUAUAUAAUGAAUACACAAUUCUCUUCCUGCACAAAUUCAUUGACUCUGAAUUGUAAUGAUCCCAAGCAUAUAAAAAUCGACCAUUAAUCAGGCAGGCAGCCUUUCAAAUGAAAGAUAUUGAUGUAGAGCUAUUUGAAAGUGAUUCAAGUCAGUUCUGUUCUUUGGAAAAAGAAUAUCAAGACAUCAAUAGAAAGCCCUCCCAACUCCGGAUCCCUUACAGAGGUUUCCUCUGACAUCCCAGCCUGAGAUCUGAGAUCCGUUGAUGCCAAAGAGUCAGAAUCUCUGAACCCAAAACCAAGCCUGAGUUUCACCUGGCUCAAGUCGGAGCUGGCAUCCGUAAUGGUACUUCCAUGACUCUACGUGGCUUUCUCCCCUUGAGAGGGGCCCAACGGGUACACCUAAAUGCAGACGCUCACGUUUCUGUCGACGGGUAACAGUGCACACAGGCCCAACUUAAAAUAGUCUGUUGUAAGAAAAGAGUCUUCCAGGGAAUGAAUUCUACCCUGGAAACCUUGGGGGGCCCCCAGAAAAUAAGCUUCAUUGUCCUUACCCCUGCAGGUCCCAGGCCACUCCUGGCUUCAAUGCUCUGAGAAGACAAGUCCCUACCCUAAUGGGUCUCUUUUUCUGCCAGUGUGGCUUGCUUUCCUGAGAGGUGCAGUAUUAUAACCUCCCCACUCCUCCUCCACCCUCUGCGAAUCUUACUUCGAAACUGCAGCCAGCACCAUGACCAGAAGUCUUGUGGCCUAUACCUGGUUUCUCUUCCCCGUUGCAGAGAGCCUGAGAAGUUUUCAUAUUCAGCUGCUCUGAGAGGACCAUUAAAAUUCACCCAGUGCCACAAAAUCAGUCACAUCGACUCACAGUUAUUUUCAAGGGAGAAACAAGAAAAUUAUACCUUGUUUACAAAUGAAAUAGUUUCACUUAAAUGGGAUUCUCGCCAAGGCAGUUAAUUAGUCAAAAGAUCCAUAGCAGCCAUAUAGUCCCGCAUUGUUUAUUCUAUUUGAUAUGUCUGCCAAUGUGUAUUUAAUAUUCUACGUCCUUCUCAGGAAAUGACAAAUGCCCUGAAUUCUUUGCAAAUAGAAUUGCUAAUGAAAAGGGGGGGUAAAGGUUGGUGUUAAUUAAAUGGUGAUUAAAAAUUUAUCUCCUUUAAACCUAAAAAGUGCAGCUCUAAUAAUCAGUUGUCAUAUAAAUAAAUACCUUGCACUGAAAUCCCAUACAGUUUAAGACCUAAAUAAAUACUAAUUUGAGAAACCUAAGUAUCUUUCAGAAGAGCUGAAUAUAUUCGUUAACUUCAGGCAUAUCCCCGUACUGUUUCCUUGUGCGUAGAUGUGGCUUGUGAAUCCUUGCAGAGGGCACAUGAAUUGUUUCUGAAGCAGAACCUGUUUGUACGAAUCGCGGCUAUAGUGGACAGAAUUGGGAGUUCUAGGGGGAGAAAAAAAUGAGUAUGUGGGAACAAAACUCAUUGGUGUUUAACAGGAGUUAAGGAUUCCACGUGAAGGCGGUUUUCAAUGCAAAAGCAGUAUUUUCAUUUGAGACAAAAUUAGACCUUCUGGAUGCCCCGUUUUCUUUUGGCCAACAGGGUCGGAAGUGCUGAAUGAGAGGGUUGGUGGGGUCUACACCAACGCAUGGUUGUGCUUUUCCAUUCAACCCCUACACAUCGUACUGUGUUCACAUCUAGUCGUAGCAAUGAGGACAGCUUGCCACCUGAUACACAUCGGAGAGAAAAUGCACUUAAUCCUGUGAAUACCAAUGCUCGUGUACACAUGUACAUACUAUACAUGCCUGAUUUCUACCACUGACACGUAAAGUGUAUUAUCCAAAUAAAAUUGUAUAUAAUGUAAAGUUUAUGUUAAAAAUUAAGUCAUGAUGAUGCUUAUUACCAUGUGGAAAAUCUAUUCUGAUUAUCAAUGGGCUGAUAAUUAGGAAGAGAGGGCGCUAUUGAUUUUUUUUGUUUUGUUUUGUUUUGUUUUUUGUUUUUAAAUAAUAAUCUCAGUUCUAGGGAGGGAGAAUGGCAGGGCCCAAGUGGGAUUUGGGUGCUGGUGUUCUUGGCCUCUUUUCAAAAAAAGACAUCUGGGGUUAGGGGUGUGGCCCAUGUUCUGCUCACAUUAACUUCUGAAGACAAUGCUGAUAUGGACACGUGGGUGAUUUCUGUAAACCCACAAAAGGGCACAGUCUGUUUCAAUUCCUUAUCCUCUUUUCCAUCCCCACUUGUUCUGUGCCUGGAAGUACUCUCGAUAUGGCAUCAGCUAAAGGUGCCUGUCCAGAAGGUUCUUAGAAAAAUAGAACUUACAGAACUACGCCAAGAUCUGGGGAAGGGAGAUGAGAAAACUAGUAGAUUGGGCUCCCAAAGGGACAGAAUUGCUAUGGGAUCGUUGGAUUGACAAUAUCAGAGCCAGGUCUAGAAACCAAGACCUUCAUGCAUGGUCCAAUUAAUUCCUCGCCUGGUUCUCUUUGCCAGGCUGACUCAGUUCUAGGUUUCUCUCAAAAGUGCUCUCCAGGUGCCUCUGGGAUAAGAGCCAGAGAACGUCAUAGAACUACCCCUGCUUUCUUUGCCUCUUGCCUUAUACAGACCCAUACAUCCCCCUUUGGAUUUGGUUUUCUCUUAAGCUCCCCAGUACUCCCUGCCUCAGAAUCCUGGAGAAGAGAAAACUUUUCUCAGGGACCUAAUUCCCUGGGAUAUAGUUUAAAACCUCAAACCAAAGAUGAAAGCUGGUGGUGAUCAUUGAGAUAAUGGAGUUCUAGUUCUCUCGAGCCAAGGAUGAACAAAGGACACUGAUCAGCUGAUAGCACUUGACUGAGUAUCUACUCUCCUUUUAAGGCCAAUUUGAGGUUGGGAGAUGCAAAGGGGACAGAAAAUACAGUCUCUUCCCAUAAGCAGCUUACGGUCUAGAAAUUGUGCUCCCUAACACUAAAGACAACUAAGGGUCCUUGAAACACAAACACAGACUGUGUGUAAAAACUAGAAAUGAGAAAUCAAGUUCUUACCAGGAAAUAAAAAUCUGAUUCCAUGACCAAACAAUCCAACAACCCAUCCUUCCCUAAAGCCGUAUGUAACUCUGGAGAAUAUAGUUGGUGCUCCUGGAGAGAUAUCCUUGGUACUUGAACCUUGAUUAUUCAAAGAUAGUAUCUGGGAAACCCAGGAGCAUCCAAACAGGUGACCAGACUUGCCAUUCUGCAUUUGUGGUUCCACUGGGUUCUCCAGCCCUUGCCAGAUCCUGCCUCCUUCCAGCCCUGCAUUAUGGCAUGGGCUUCAAGAAGAGGUUGAAAGAAAUCCUCCAAGGGAUUAGAAAACAGACCGCGAUGUAAAAAGCCUAUUUCCUGAAAGUUUUUUUGUUUGAUUUUUAUUUUUGUCUUAUGAAUACCUUUGAUUGUUCAGGGUAUAAAUGUAUCAGGGAAGGGAGUGGGGGGGAAUCCUCUUUGAGUCCCAAGUGCCUACUGUCUGGCUGACAAAAGAGAGCGUAUCAGGUUCCCUAGAGACAAAAUGGGGCAAAGAGAUGGUGAAAGGAGUCAAGAUGUGUUUCGGGAAGAUGGCAAGGUGCAGAGGGAGCUUCUUUUCUCUGUCCGUCCUAUCCCGUGCCUUGCCAGAAUGUGAGAUUCUCUGCUUAUCCCACGUAUAUGCCUUGGGUCAGCACAUGAGUUUGGAAGUAUCAAGAUGCAUCCACAUUGAGUGUAGACUGAUUCCAGGCAUAUCCUAGAAUGAAAUCCUCCAAAUAGGAAAGAAGUACGGUCGCUCCUAUUUUAUAGAUAAGGAAACUGAGGCUCAGGUUGGUCUCAGCUUCAUCAUCAGCAGGAGUUUGCUAAUAAAUCCCUAACAUUGGGUGAAUUCUCAAAGUGCCUGACCUCCCCCAGGGAGGUCAGAAUAAAAGUUGGAAAGAGAGGUAGGCUGUUUUGAGGUCCCCUGGGCUCUCUCUUGCGCUUCAGCCUCUGUUGAGAGGAGGUUUGUUAGUGUCCCCGCCCCUUGUCGUCUGGUUUGGGGUGUAUCGAGAACUCCAGGGGAUCUCACCUCUGUUCCCAUCCCUUCUGACACUUGAAUGCCAUUUGUGUCUCUCCCCAUCUGCUUGCACUCUGCAUUCACUUGUUUGGUUCCUGGGGAGUUAUUUUGUCUACUUAGCAUGUGCCUAAUUUUAACUAUCCCCUUCCAAAUCUCUCUUUUUCUCAGUAGAUAUCAGGGUUAAUUCCAUUAAACAUUUGCAAAGUAGUAGACCCUCCCGUGUGUGGGCACACACACUUCUCUCUGCUACCCCCCCCCCCCCAACAAAGCUCUCCUAAACAGUGUGGCCCAUUUUCAGAAAGGUCAUGGUAUUUGCAAGUGACCGUCCCUGCUAGGUCAUCACUGGCACCAAGAUAACUGCUGAACCACUGAGUGCUCUCGUUCAGUUUGCCUCACUCAACAACACUGAACUGGAAUGUUUCCAUUAGGCUUUCUACGAAUCCAAAAUGGUGGCAUGCGUUAUGCGUUGGGGAAGCAGCGACACUGAGCCUGUGCAUGCCUUUCUUGCACCCCUCAUGUGUCCUAAGCCACACUCCUCCCACCAGGCAUUUCUAUUUUCUCUGAACUGGGGCCACAUUAGGUCCACUUCAUAGGUGAGGAAACUGAACUGGGACUCGAAGGGAUGUUUUUCUAGGAGGUUCUGUGAUCCAGUCCUUCUGGAAGGUCAGUUAAUCUAACCAAGCACCGUUGUCAUUGUCCCCGAGAAAUUCUUUAGCUGUUGACAUCUUUCAAGCUGGUAGUAAAAAGUCUCAUAAGCCAGAAAAUAGUUAUAAUUAUUUGAUACCUAUUUUGAGAUCCCAUCAUUGGGUCUGCAAGUGAACGGGAACAUCCUCCCAGGGCUGUUGAGCUGUGGAGAAAUUGGACCACUCAAAAGAACCAUCUGGCCAGUAGGCUUUCUUCUCUGGGGCUGGAUUACAAAGCACAUAGCUCUCCAGGGAGCCAGAACCAAACGGUUUCCAAUGGACUCGUUUCUCAGAUUAACUUCCUCAAGUAAGGUAUCAGCAGUAUGCAGAGACAAACAAGACGAAACUGAAAUUAUCACUCCUAUAUCCCUCUUAGGUACCAGGUCCAUGAAACGAUAAGUUUGCAUCUCUGCAAGUCUAGAACAUUCCUCAUUAGCCAUAGCCCUGGGUCAUAACCUCCUCCAGUUAAUUCUCUCCCACACCUUUGGGAAGGAUUUAAGAUGAGCCUUCAAAAGAAUAUUAACGUAACACGUAGCCAAUACCACAGCUGCCUUUUAAAUUAAUAAGGUUAAUUGUUCUCCAGCAAACAUAAGUUUGUCUUUGGCAUUUUAAACGCUUCUCAUUGAUCUGACAUUUUGCUGUUUUAAGCUUUUAAAGGGCUCAAAUCAAAGACUAUUGAUAGCUGAGCAAAUAGUGAAGGUCCAGAAAUAUAAAAACAUUGUCAGUUUUCUCCAUGAAAAAUAAUCAUAGCCUUUCGAAUUCAACUGAGGUUUUAACAUUACAUUACAUCUAAGACCUAUUGAAUUAUUUCUAUUCUCAGUUUAGCUAACUCAAAUAAAUGAGCAGUAUUGACUUUUUAAAACCCAUUUUAUUUAAAAAAAAAAAACUCUUAAGUUUAUUAGGUUUGUAGACACAGCUCUGAAGCCAUGGCCGCUAAGGAAAUGCUCCAGUUGAGAAAUUAAAGAUUCAGGCUAUUUUGGGUCAAAUUCAGGUGAUCAUCUUUGAAAAUUCUAGUGGAUUUGCAAAGAUGAAAGGGGCACUUGUAACAUUCAUGUUCCCCAUGUUUUUCACUAGGAAAGGAUGCCAAUUGCCUAUUUUCCCCCCAAGUCAGAGAUAAGGUCAAGGAUAACAUUUUCAUAGAAAAGUCAGGAAACUACUCGAUACCACUAAUUACGUGGCUAGCUGUGGCUCAGAUGCCUUCCAAGCCUGAGGUUCUCCAAAGAUUUCGUUACCGGUUGUUCUGGAGCUCCAAAUCUUAAUCUUGUUCAUUCCCCUGCUAAAGCCAACUUAAAAGCAUAUACUUGCCAAAUUAUUUAGUCAGUAGACUUCACUGUAGUUGAUCACAAUAGAAUGUUUGUGCGUAUGUGUCUAUGUAUAGUAUAUAUAUUUCAAGCUGAAUAUUCAGAAAGAAUUAGGUGAGUCUCACUGGUGGUUUGAAUAAGAAACAGAUAAGUCACAAACAGUGGCCUUCUCAGACAGAAAAAAAGGAGGGUAAACCCUUCAUAUCCUUGAGUCAUGUUAUGAGACCUGUUGCAUACAUAAUACACAAGCUGGUCAUUGCCCACAGGAAGUCAUGGAUUAAAGCAGCUUUGAAGACCCAUGUCUGAGUCCAUCCUUAACCCAACAUGGGCAGGAUCAAACUCCAUAUGCAGAGGGUUCCCAUUCACAGUGACACUCAAACACAGUCCAAAACCCACGUCAGAACUGGCUUGAUCUCUUGUAUGGUGGAGCCCCAUGCAAGCUGUAUGCUCUACUCGGUGGUUCUCAUUUGGGAAUAGACAUUCACUUACCAAUCACGGCAGUUUAUACCUGUCAUGUUUUAAUCCACUGCAUGAGGAAGUGCUGAUAACUGUAUUCAAUAUUUCCAAGCAUAGCUACAAAAUUACACGUUUGCUUAACACCUUUCUAUGAUAGAGGAAGUAUAUACUAUGGUCGUCUUCUUGUAGUAUGUCUUUUCUUUUCGUUCAACGUGUUAUCAACUGUUUUAAGGAAUGGGGUUUGAAAUGUGUGUGCAAACUGAUAUGUACAUAACUCCCAAGGCAACAAAAGUGCCCAGUCCAAUGGUGUAAAAAUGUAAAUACAGGAAAAUCUCAUUUUUCUAAUAAAAAUAAUUUCUGCCGAUUGAUAUG